GACUUCCACACUGGGGAAAAAACAAGGUGAGAAAAUGACCACAAACUUGAAACGGCAGCUGUGACGGAUGAGGGUUUGGUUUCGGCCCUAUCCCUUGCGCAAAAUCAGAGGUGCAUACAAGCUCUGAAUUAGAGAGAGAUCGAGAUGAUCGAGAGAGAUGGCAGAAGGUGCUAUGCUUUUCUGCGUACAAAAGCUGGAUCGGUUGCUGACAGAAGAAUUACGGCUCAUCUCGGGAGUGCGCAAGGACAUUAUUUGGCUGAGAGAUGAGCUUAAAACCAUGAUCGCUUUCUUAGAGGAUGCAGAUAGAAGGAAAAGCAAGGACGCCCUCGUCCAAAUUUGGGUGGAGCAAGUAAGAGAAGUGGUAUAUGAUACUGAGGAUGUCCUUGAUGAAUUCAUGAUUCUAGAGGCGAGAAAACGCAAGUUCUUUGCCAAGAGUCUCGUGAUUCAACAUAAAGUUGGAGUUAAGAUACAAGAAAUUAAGGAGCGGAUUACUGGUAUCAAGGAGAGGAGAGACAAGUAUGAUAUUCAAAGGAAAGAAGAACCAGGGACAUCUUCAGAUACCGUAGUUUCGAGUGGAGGAGAUCCUUUAGCUGCCUAUCCUUUUAUUGAUGAGGUCGAUGUAAUUGGAAAACAGAAGGACAUUGAGAAUUUAGUUGAAUUGCUAGUGAAUGGAGGUCCAAAACUUAAGGUGAUUUCUGUGACAGGAAUGGGUGGCAUCGGGAAAACUACCAUUUCCAAGAAAGUCUUUAACAGCCAUGCGGAAGAAAGUCUUAACAGCCAUGCGGCUAAGAGUCACUUUAAUUGUCGUUCUUGGGUUACGGUAUCGCAAUUAUUCACGAUAGUGGGGUUGUUGAAAGGCAUGGUGGAAGGAUUUUAUGAUGAUAGAAGAGAGGUAGCUCCAACCAUGGACAAGUUGGAUGAGGGAUUGUUGCAUAUGUGCCUGCGCGCAUACUUAGAAGACAAGAGGUUUCUCCUAGUUGUAGAUGACAUAUGGAGCGAAGAUGUUUGGAAUCGAUUGAAAGUUUCUUUGCCAGAUCACGAAAAUGGAAGUAGAAUUGUCUUCACUACGCGAUUGAUCAAUUUUGCUUCACUGGUAGAAGUAGAUCACCAUGUCUACGAGCUUCAACUCCUCAAAGCGGAAGAUGCUUGGUCUUUGUUUUGUACCAAGGCAAUUCGGGAAAAUGACUCAAAAAAAGUUACAGGAGAAUUGGAAAGAGUGGGAAAACUCAUUGUAGAUAAUUGCGAAGGCUUACCCCUGGUUAUCAUGGUCGUAGGAGGCAUGGUUUCUAAGAGGGCACUGGAAGUAGCUGAAUGGAUGGGAGUGCUAAGGAAUCUCAAUUGGGAGAUGGCUAAUAAUACAUCAUUAGAAAGGGUAAGGCGAAUUUUAUCACUUAGUUAUAAUGAUAUGUAUCCUCUCCUCAAGUAUUGUUUCUUGUAUUGCUGCCUGUUUCCAGGGAACUAUGAGAUUAGAAGAAAUGUAUUGAUUAGAUUGUGGGUAGCAGAAGGAUUCAUUGCAGCACGCCCUAAUAUGACAAUGGAGGAGGUAGGGGAGGUGUACAUGAAGGAAUUGAUUGAUAGAAACCUCAUUCAAGUGGCAUAUCUGAGUGGCAGUCAAAAAAUUCGAGCAUGCCGAGUCCACGAUGUGAUGCGCAAUCUUGCUCUCUCUAUUGCUGAAAAAGAAAAUUUUGGAGCAAUUUUAACAGGUGAAAGCAAAGAAUUAAAUGAUAGGACCCGUCGUCUCUCAAUGCACAAGUGCCAUGCACACAUCCAGGUCCUCACUCGCAAGUUGUACGUCAGGUCUCUUCUCACUGUCAGUAUGGAGCAAUUCCCUCAUUCUACAUCUUCUAUUUUAUCAAAUUUAUCAAAUGCAAGAUUGUUGAGAGUUCUUGAUUUGGGAGGUGUUUCAUGUCAAAAGUUACCAAGUGAAAUAGGAAGUCUAAUUCACCUGAGGUACUUAGGGUUGAGGAAUAAUAUGAUUCGAGAGCUUCCCAAGUCUUUGCAAAAUCUUCGUAGACUAGAAACAUUGGAUGCAAGAGGGGGCGGCUUGGAAUCUGUUUCCAAUGAAAUCUAAAGUCUUAAGCAUUUAACCCAUCUUAUUGUAAGCCGGAGGAAAGUUUCUCAAGUGGAAUUUUGGGUUCAAUUGCUUGCAGAAGGUAAAUUUUUCUUCUAUGACAACUGUGUGCCCUGCAAUGUUAAUUUAGGGGGACUAGCACGUCUACAAACAUUGAAACACAUAAGGGUUGAGGGAACUUUCAUUAAAAAGUUAAGAGCGUUGAACCAACUUGUGAAACUCAAGGUCCAAGUGGGCAGCAUGGAGGAUGGGAAGGAGUUAUGGAGCACUCUUCAACUAAUGGAACGCCUAAAAUGCCUGUAUAUAUCAUCAGUUGAUCCUGAAAAUCCCAUUUCUAUAGACUCAGAAUCUACCUCUCUUCCACUACCGCCUCUCAAUAAACUAUGCAUAAAUGUUGUUUUGGGGAGGUUGCCAAAGGCGUUGUGCUACCUUCAGAGCCUCACUGAGCUAGUGUUAUCGGCUUCAGCACUAACUGAAGACCCACUUGCAGCCUUGCAGGGAUUGUAUAACCUUGAGUUUCUAGUUCUACAUAAGGCAUACAAGGGAGCAAGAAUGGGGCGUGAUGGGAUUGUAGGAUUCCCUAAACUCAAAACUCUCUGUCUUUUAUAUUUGGAAAAUCUUGAAUGGUUUGGGGGAAUGCACAGGGGAUGCAUGCCAGUCCUCCAAGAUCUUACUUUCAUUGGCUGCUGGAAGUUGAAGUUGUGGGAUGAAAGUUUGAGAAAUCUUACUUCCCUUAAAAACUUUUCUAUUGGAAACAUGUCAAGUCCUCUUAUAAAAAGUUUGCAUCCUCAUCAUGGUGAAGACUACUACAAGAUCCAGCAUGUUCCCCGCGUAAGAUUGUAUUAUCUGGUUCUCGACAGGUUGUUCUAUGCAAAUCUGAAGUGAUUCUGUGGAAUGGAGUUCUCUGAAAAUUACAUCCAUAACUUGAGCUUGAAGUGUGUGCAGUUUUCUUUCUGAUGAUAUGAGAAGAUGGAGUUUGGAGUGAUAGAGUAAGAGGUCGUGGAGUACGAGCAUAACCUGAAGAGCAUUUACUGCAACUCCUAUGGGUUGGAAAUUUAACAUGCUAAAAUUGAUUCCUGAGGUUUGCAUUUUCAUGUUGUUCAUCAGUUUUAUGUAAUUUAUGCUCUUUUAAAGGCCUCUACACUUUCUACCUGGUUAUUAAUUUGUAUA